CACCAUCUCAAUUUUCAUUACUUUCAGUUUUAUAAUUAUGAAAUUCGUAAAGAAUCUUAGUCCCAAAAAUCUCUUCCGUUCCAAGAAAACCUCAUCCAUUUCUAAAUCAAAUUCCGAUCCAGCAUCAUUAAGUUACGGUUCUUCCUCCUCCUCCGAUGCAUCCGAUUACUCAACUCACAAUAAAUCUAUCGAACCUGGAAAUUCCACGCCCAAAACCGUCUUACCCUCGUCCGAUCUGAUCCAGGCGUUCAACCACAUGGAUAGAAACGGCGACGGAAAGAUCACGAGGGAGGAAUUGGAGGCGGUUUUUAACCGGCUCGUGUUAGAACCUCCAAGUGACGAAGAACUCACGGCUAUGCUUUGUGAAGUAGAUCUAGAUGGAGAUGGUUGUAUAAGUUUAGAAGAAUUCAGAAUUCUUGGAUCGGCUUUUGAGCCACCGAAUUGUCGAUCGGAACUUAGGUACGCAUUUGAGUUCUUUGACGGCGAUAAUGACGGUCGGAUCACGGCCGAGGAUCUUUUCGCCGGACUUACGGCUGUCGGAGAUCGGUGUACGAUAGAGGAGUGUAUGCGUAUGAUAAGUGGAGUGGAUGCCAAUGGAGAUGGAUUCGUCUGUUUCGAGGACUUUGUUCGUAUGAUGGAGAAACAGAGAUAAAUGAGAUUGGUUUGAUUUGAGAUGAUGAUGAUGAUUCACAAGAAGCAACAUCUUUUUUUUUUUAUUUUUUUUAUUUUAGCAGUAUAUAUAUAAAAAAUAAAAAUAAAAUUUCAAUGAAAAAGAAUGUUUGAUCCUUUUUUUCAA